CUCCAAUGUUCGUAAUGUCAUUCUAAAUUUUCGAAACAAAUCCGGGACGUACAAAAAAAAAAACAGAAAAGUGAAGUCGCCGUGCAGCGAAUUCGCCGUCUCGCCGACUCGACAACCUGUUUGCUCGGCCUCAAAUUCGCCCCGGCAUUUAUCUCACAAUUAUUUCUGCAUUGACGUAAGAAGGAGCACUUCCACCAUUCCACCGCAACUGCAGCAAACCACGUCGACGCAGCAGCCGCAGCAGCAGUCGCAGCAGUCACACCACAAAAUAGUCAUAUUGCCCAGGAGCGGACUCGGGUGCGAAGCAGGAGGAGUAGGAGUCCGGAGCGGAUCGGGGAGCGGAUCGAGGAGCAGGAGCCCCGUCACCAUGGAACCCUAUUGGAACGAGUCGAACGGACAUGCCGCCCAUCCGGUUAAGUAUGAGAGCGAAGCAGCUGUCUCCAGUUUUCCUUAUUGCACAGAAUCUAGUUUAAAUUUUUCAACAUCAGCCACGGCAUACAGCGAGGACGAUGCUGAAUAUGCCACCGGAAGACGUAAUAAGACAUCGAGGCAAGAUCCGUUAUCCCAUCGAAUUAUCGAGAAGCGGAGACGAGAUCGCAUGAACUCCUGCUUGGCGGAUCUAUCGCGCCUCAUCCCGCCGCAGUACCAGCGCAAGGGGCGUGGCCGGAUCGAGAAGACGGAGAUCAUCGAGAUGGCCAUCAGGCACCUGAAGCACCUGCAGAGCGAGUGCCAGCAGAAGGAGAGCGACUACCGGAGUGGCUACAUGGACUGCAUGAAGGAGGCGGCCAAGUUCCUGUACGACGUCCACAUGCAGGACUUUUGCCACCGACUGUUGGGUCGCCUUCAGGAGCACAUCGACGAUAUGUUCAAGACGGACUGUUACAAGUCGACGCGCAGCUGUCACAUGCCGGAUAAUGUGAGCGCCUCCAGCGGCAGUCCCCACCAGGCGUACCCCCCUCUGUGCCACUUGCGUGACAUGCUGGCCACCUCCGCCUCGGACGUGGAGCACAGUCAGGACCACAACGAUGUCAAGGAUCUGAGUUUUCGGAACCAUCUCAACCAGCUGCAGCGCAGUCAGCAAGCGGUGGCAGCCGCAGCAGCAGCAGCAGUCGCAGCGGUAGCAGUCGCCAACGGCAAUUCGCCGGGUUCCAACGCUGGGCUGGAUUCCAAGGUCCCAUUGACCAAUGGUGGUGGCAAUGGUGGUGCGCCAGCGGGUGACAAUGUGCCCAGUAAUUCCACGGGCAUCGGAGCAGCAGCGGCGGCCGGGGGAAAUAGCAACAGCAGCGGCAGCAACAGCAGCAAUGCGGCUAGCUCCACCACCUGCCCGCCGGCCGGUGGAUCCUGUGCCCCCAAAAUCACGCCACUGGCUGCGCACCAGCAGCCCCACCAGGCGCCAGUAAUAACGUCCACGGCCCCGCAUCACCAUCUCCACCACACCGACAGCAGUCACCACGACUUUGAGUCGUCGAGGGAGCCGAUCCUACACACCGACACCUCCAACAUGCACUCGCCGCCGCCCAGGGAUCUGCUCCUGCAGCAGCAUCCCCAUCUGGCCCACAGCCAUCACACGCAGGACAGCCUGAUGUCCGUGAGGAUGCGCAACUACUCCGAAUCCUCGCACGAGGUGGAGCACAACAACAACUACAAGUACAAGAACCACAUCAAGGAACGGUUUGUCCACGAGCUCCACGACGAGGAGACGAGCAGCGAACACUGUCCAGUGGCAGCCCAUCUGCAGAGCGAUCACUCCCACUUGCAGGCCUUGUCGGAGCACUCGAAGGAUGGCACGGAACCGGAAAUAGCCCCGAUUAUGGCCAAAAAGCGGAAGCUGGCCGAGGCGGCGGCCAAUGGGGAGAUUCCACUUGAAGUUCACACGGAAUCGGGCAGCGCUUCUGCAAGUACGGUCAAUCGACUGGACAAACCCUCUCCCUCGUUCAAUUUCAGCGACAUCAAGGACAUCAAGGCAGAGCUGCACAAUGGCAACUCUAACUCCAGUCCGCUGUUGGCCAAGUUGAGUGCGGCGGCCGUUGCCGGUGGCCAGUUGAGUACUCCCAGCAGCACCACCGCUCCACUGCCUCCGAGGCACUCCUUUACCGUCCCCAUAUUUGCGCUCCACGGGCAGGGCAACUACUAUGUGCCCCUAAAUGUGGACUACAACGCCCUGGUGCCCUUCCUCAACGGGAUGGAUCUGCUGGAGAAGAGCUACACCAGCAUGCCCGUGGUGCACCCCAUUAACAUCAAUGUUAACUUUAUGUCCACUUCAACGUCGGCGUCGUUUUUGGCCGCCGCUGCGGCCGCUGCCGUGGCCGUUGGCAAGCAACAACAACAACAACAGGCGACGGUGACCGUCGGAGCGGGACUCCCCCUACCCACAAACCCGGCGGCGGCCCAGGCCGCUGUGGCGGCGGUGGCCAAGGCCAAACUUGAACAGGCCAUGCACCAGAAUUGGUAAAACAAAACAAAAUCAGGCGACGGGUCGACAGAUGGAACAACUCUACCUCAGUACUUCUGUGAAUAAUCAUCAAAUGAUUAAUCUCAAAACAAACACACUAAGCGACAUCUGCGCCCAAGUUUAUAUAAAAAAAAAAAGAAUAUGGAAAGGGAGAAGAAAAAGCUUCAUUGGGGGGCUUCUGAAAUCUCUGGGGACUUUAAAAAUUAAUGUCUUUAAUUUCCUAAUUACCUUUUGCUUAGAAAAUAUCAAAUUUUGUAAAGAUUGUUUAUCAAUGUCGAAGAAACAUCUUUUUACUACUUGUUCAGAUAAUCAUAUUUUGAAAAGUACAAAAUUAAAUGUAAAGUACACAAAUUCGGAUUAUGGAAGAUAUUUUUUAAAGAAAUAUUUUCCAUAAUAUGUUUUUCAUUACUCUAUAAUAAGUUUAAAUACAACAGUGUUAGAUAUAUGUAUUUAAACUAGAUUUGUAAUUUGUAAUUAAUUCUUAUAUGUAUUUUUGUUCCUUGCUAAAAAAAGUUCUGUUUUAAUUUUUAAAUAGCAAAAUAUUAGAGUAAAAUGGAUGUUUAAAUGCACUAUAAAGAAUGUUGUAUUGCUCACUUGAAGAGAGAUAAAUAUUUUAAAUUCUCUAGCGAUUUCAGAAAUAAGCACCCUAUUGAUAUUGGUUUCGUUUGAAUAACAGAGGUAGCCAGCAGCCUUUAAGGUUGGGCACCUACUAGAGAAAUGAUUUCCAAUUGGUAAAUGACGAGGAGAAAACAAUUAGAGUAGCUAGUUGUUAACUAUUUUGAAGAAAGCAUAAAUGUCUAUUAUAGCGCAUGCAUUGAAAACUACAAAAAAAACAUAUAUGUCGUGUGCAACUUAAUAGAACGUUUAUGAUGCCAAGAGUCAGUCCCACGUAAGAAAUCUAAUGGAUUUUAAAACAAAACUAAAUGUGAAUUAAAUGUAUUUUUUAGAGGUUUAACGUUUUUGCAAUUUAAAUAAGUGUUGUGGUUUCAAAUCAGGUAGUCAGAUAGCCAAGUGACUCCCGUCAAACAUACAAUGUAAUCUAUAUAUACAAAACCGAUAUAAUGAUAAAUACAUAUAUAGUAAACCACUAGUCAGAGAACUUGUACGAAGACGUAAAAACAAACAUACAAAAUGGGAGAACAACAAAUCAAAAAAUUAUUAUAUGUAUAUUCUAUGUGUAAAUACUUUUAGCAAGCAAAUUGUCCUUUGUUUAAGUUUGUAUUUUAGUGACAAAUUAUGUUAAGUUGGUUGGUUAACACGUGAAAAAAACAAAAAAAUACGAAAAAAAUCCAAAAACUUUUAUAUUCAAGAAAUGCACCAUGUUUCAUUCUCGAAAUGCGGUUCUACUAUAGUUAUUAUUAUUAUUAUUAUUACUACUGUCUAACACCUAAGUUGAUUGUUUCUUUGUGUUUUCGUUAUCCAACAAAUUAAAUGGAAUUUCAAGAUUCGGUCACCUGUUUCCAAUUUGAGCACCUCGAUAUUUUUAGAGGAACUUCGGAAAUGAUUCUUUUUUGUAAGCUAAGCUUCGUUGCGGCUAAACUGAAAGUUGAUAGCACAAAGAUUAUUAAUGUUUUAUGACUCUUAUUAAUGUGUACGAUUACUUUUACUGUACGGUACUGUUAAUAUAAAACUACGUUACUGUUUAAUAUAUUUUAUAAAUGUAUACAGAUGUAAUAAAUAUUUAAAAAUUUAAA